GGCGCCUGGGUUAUCGAGAACAGCAGUGAAACUUGACCUCCCCAAGUGGCAGCGAAUGAUGUCAGGACGAACUGAAAAAUCAAUAAUUUAAUGGAGUAUGGAAGACUCAGGAGUCAGUAGAGACUGUAGAGGAGGCGAGGAGAUAGGCACGCAGACAUUCAUCACUAUUCACUGUUGGAGGAAGGAGACAUGAAAGUGGAAUGAGAGAGACAGAUAGAGAGAGAGACAGACAGACAGAGAGAGAGGGAAGAGAAGGGUCGCUUGGGUCGGAGUACUGACAAAGCCACCACCUUCCUCCUCCACCGGCAGCCUCGGUUGAAGACCACCCGCACGCGCCGCCCUGACGCCGCCUUGGCCUCAGCCCCUCUCGUCCACCGAGAUUUCUCAAUCCCUGCACCUUAACCCAGUCCACAUCUUCUAUACAAGUCGCCUGCAACACGUACCUCGUCACAACUGAUCGACGGCAUCUCCUCUAUUUGUUCCUCCUUCUCCUCCUCCUCCUCCUCCUCCUUCUCCUCUCUCUCUCUCUCUCUCUCUCUCUCUCUCUCUCUCUCUCUCUCUCUCUCUAUGUGCGCCUUGAGAUAGCGGUUGAAUUUUCGGUUGGAUUCUAUCUUUUUGACGCUUGUUCUUGACUCAGUCUUUAGCUUUGCUCAGGUGUUUAGGUUUUUUUUUAUAGCUUGUUCAGUCAUACACUCGUUCUUUUGUCGAGAGAGAAAGAGAGCUCUUCUCCUGAAAACCACUCUUUUAUUCACUCGCUUCUCGCUGAUUUUUAAGACACAUACCUCGCGAGAAACUUUGGCCACGUCAUACACCUUCUUCCUUAAAACCAGAUUCUCUCAAGAAGGUUAAAGAAGAAAAGCAAGACAUUUUGUGCGAAAUUCUUCAUCCGCUGACACGUUGAUCGUCAUCUUCAUCUUCAGCUAUAAAGGUAGACCCCAGAAGACCAACCCUGAACAAGAAAUCGAAGAGAGAGAGAGAGAGAGAGAGAGAGACGAUCACGAGAAAAGCAUGGAGCAAGAGAGCAAGCCACCGCCGCUGGAUCGGAGGCCGACAUCGAGGCCGGCCCAACCGGACGGACAGCAACAGCCGCCGCCGCCGCACCACCAGCCCCAGAAGUGCCCUCGCUGCGACUCCAUGAACACCAAGUUCUGCUACUACAACAACUACAGCCUCUCCCAGCCCCGCUACUUCUGCAAGACCUGCCGCCGCUACUGGACCCACGGCGGAACCCUAAGGAACGUCCCCGUCGGCGGCGGCUGCCGGAAGGCCAAGCGCUCCAAGUCCUCCUCCUCCUCCUCCUCCACAUCCGCCUCCGCCUCCUCCGGCGACAGCCUCACCCCGCACUCAUCCCUGCAGGUCCUGCCUCAAAGCCUCAGGGAUGUUGCAGCUGGGAACCUGGCCCCACCGCCGGCCGCGGCGGCCGGGGAGGGGCCUCUGGGUUACUCGUUCUAUCCGGGAGGUGGGUUCUUGUCCUCUUUGGCGGCAGUUCAGUCUAUCAACCAGAGCCAGGCCUUCAACAUUGGGGGUGCUACAACAAGUAACAACAACAGCAGCAACAAUUUGGGCUUUUUCCAAGGGUUUGGAGGUUUGGCUUCCUUAAGCAGCUCUCACCACCACCAGCAGAUUCAUCAACAAGCACAGUUUCUUCAGAGCGAUUGGAGUCACGGCUUCGGCAUGGGCAGUAAUGCUAAUACCGGUAGUAGUAGCAGUAACAAUAAUAGCCCUACUAUUUCACAUGUACAUCAUCAGCAUGGUAACUUGUGGAGUGGAAGCACGAGCGCUGGUAUUAGCGGUCACGGUGGCGGCGAGAGUAAUAGAAUCGGUCUGAAUGUUAACCGCCCAUCCGAUCAUCACCACUUGCCCCAUCUUCCAGGAUUUGGCCCUCCUCCAUAAGCUCUUUCUUCACAUGAUCAGUUGCUUCUGUGUUUCAAAAUUUAAAGUUUGGAAUUAGCUUCUUGACGACGACGACGACUUUUUAGGUUAUAAGAUUCUUUGUCAAAUUUUUCCCAUACAAUACACUGGUGGUGCUGAGUUUAGUUUUGUGGGAUACAAAUGAGGAAUUGUAUGAAAUAUUAUUAUGGUCUUGGAGGGUUUUCUUUUCAUGGCAUUGGUAUAUGGAUUCGUGUAAGUAAGUCGGGGGGAAUAUGAUUUAUGUUCACUAUGGAGAGAAUUUGCUCUUUGGAUAUUUAUGGCUUGGUUUUUUAA